UUUGACGCAAGGGCUCGGGACGCAGCCGCCGUCGGCCGAGCGCCCGGCGAACAGCUACCCCAGACGGAGUCUUGAGAAUCCCUCCGUUCCCACCUCGCACUGUCCAGAAGCCUCGCUUCUCCUCGCCGUCCUCCUCGUGGCCAUGGAAUGUCCACACCUCAGCUCCAGCGUCUGCAUAGCUCCGGACUCAGCCAAGUUCCCCAACGGCUCUCCGUCGUCCUGGUGCUGCAGCGUGUGCCGGUCCAACAAAAGCCCCUGGGUCUGUUUGACUUGUUCAAGUGUCCACUGUGGAAGGUAUGUGAAUGGCCAUGCAAAAAAACAUUAUGAAGAUGCACAGAUACCCUUAACCAACCAUAAGAAAUCUGAAAAGCAGGAUAAAGCUCAGCACACAGUUUGUAUGGAUUGUAGUAGCUACAGUACAUUCUGUUAUCGCUGUGAUGAUUUUGUGGUUAAUGACACCAAGCUGGGACUGGUACAGAAAGUCAGAGAACACUUACAGAACUUGGAAAACUCAGCUUUUACAGCUGACAGGCAUAGGAAAAGAAAACUUUUGGAAAAUUCUUCACUAAACAGCAAGUUAUUAAAAGUAAAUGGAAGCACCACUGCCAUUUGUGCCACAGGCCUUCGGAAUUUGGGGAACACAUGUUUCAUGAAUGCCAUCCUUCAGUCACUCAGUAACAUUGAGCAGUUUUGCUGUUAUUUCAAAGAACUACCUGCUGUGGAGUUAAGGAAUGGGAAAACAGCAGGAAGGCGAACAUACCACACCAGGAGCCAAGGGGAGAACAAUGUGUCUUUGGUGGAAGAGUUCAGAAAGACACUCUGUGCUUUAUGGCAAGGUAGCCAGACUGCUUUUAGCCCAGAAUCUUUAUUUUAUGUUGUUUGGAAGAUUAUGCCGAAUUUUAGGGGUUAUCAGCAACAGGAUGCCCAUGAAUUCAUGCGCUACCUUUUGGACCACCUGCACUUGGAACUCCAAGGAGGUUUCAAUGGAGUCUCCCUCUCAGCAAUUCUGCAGGAGAAUUCUUCCCUGUCUGCAAGUAACAAAUGUUGCAUAAAUGGAGCAUCUACGGUUGUUACCGCUAUAUUCGGAGGCAUCCUUCAGAAUGAGGUUAACUGCCUCAUCUGUGGGACAGAAUCUAGAAAGUUUGAUCCAUUCCUAGACCUUUCUUUAGAUAUUCCAAGUCAGUUCAGAAAUAAACGCUCUAAGAAUCAAGAAAAUGGACCAGUUUGUUCGUUACGAGAUUGUCUUCGCAGUUUUACCGACUUAGAAGAACUUGAUGAAACAGAGUUAUAUAUGUGCCACAAAUGCAAAAAGAAACAAAAGUCCACUAAGAAGUUUUGGAUUCAAAAACUACCCAAGGUGCUCUGCUUACAUUUGAAAAGGUUUCAUUGGACAGCAUAUUUACGAAACAAAGUUGACACAUAUGUAGAAUUUCCACUGAGAGGCCUAGAUAUGAAAUGCUACUUAUUAGAGCCUGAAAACAGUGGCCCCGAAAGCUGCCUGUACGACUUGGCGGCCGUAGUUGUGCACCACGGGUCCGGGGUUGGUUCUGGACAUUACACAGCAUAUGCCACUCAUGCAGGUCGCUGGUUCCAUUUCAAUGACAGUACUGUAACACUGACUGAUGAAGACACCGUUGUCAAGGCAAAGGCCUACAUCCUUUUUUACGUGGAACGCCAGGCCAAAGCUGGAUCGGAUAAACUUUAAUACCUCCUCUCAAUCAUUAUUCAUCAACUAUACCGGACAAACAUUUCCAAUUCUCCAUAAAUACUUGAUCAAGAUUUAAUUUCAUUAUGCACUUUUCAAUUUCCUAUUUUGAAGUUAGUUUUAUGUUGUCGAUGGUAGUGACUUAUUGAACAUGGGCACCAACUAAUUUUUUUUUAGUUCUACCAGAAAACCUCAGCAGAUAUUUUGAUUUGCUGCUUUAGUUGUAAUAAUUCAGUUUUUAUAUGUAGUUUCAAGAACUUAGUUCUACUUGACUUUUUUAUAUUAAUGUUUUCAGUUCUCACAAUGAGGCACAUUUACAUCAAUGCUUGUUACUCACAUGCUGAAAGCAAGAUAUGUUCCUGAUUGUGAGGAGCAACAUAACUGCCUGCUGCCUUUCACAGCUGUACUGAAGAUCAGGUUGACUCUGAAUCAAGGAUCACGUGUCCACUUGUUGUGGCCAACAAGAUUUCAGCAACUGCUCAAUAAUCAUUCUUUUGGCUUGUAAAAGAUAACUGAGAGGGCCCAGGUAAUCACCACUCUCGCUAGCUCUCAAAGCUGCUGUUUAUCAGCACUAAUGAAAUAAAUGUGUUGGUUCAGUUGUACCUGGGCUGCAUAUUCAAGGUUAUUUUUUGGGGGGAUGGGGACUUUUUUGUGUGUGUUUUUGUGGAGAAGAUAGGAAUACAGAAAGUCCAAAUACAAGACCAAAUGCAUUUAGUGUUUUAAAAAUCCUGUGACUCAGCUAUAUGGUGUAGGUGUUACCAGUGAGAUAAAACCAGAGCUUCUGUUUAUCUAUUUGAAUCAGCAUCUUAUUCCCCAUCAGUUUUUACACCAGUGAUAACUACAUGUCUGCUUUAGUCUUACUCCAUAUUUGACCAUCUGAGGUUCGGAUGCCAAUUUCCAGAGUUGAUUUUGAACACCACCUAUGCUUCAGGUAACACUGAGAUCUGCUUCUGUAGAAGGAAAUUAGUGUCUUUUCUACUCUGGUUUAAAAACUCUCACUGGCCUAUCCUGAUAGUAAAGCAAGUUGAAAAUACUGAGUAAGUAGAAUUUCUAUUCUUGAGUUUAGUAGUCUUUUUAAAUUAAGAGAAAUAGGUACAUACACUAUUUGAAUUUAACUCAAAUUGAAAUUUGGAAUUAGAACCUCAUGUAAAAAAAAAUAAUUGUGAUUUCUGCAAUCCUGUUAAGCCAGUCUAUUGAUUUUGGAAUGGUGGCUGCAUGACUUGCAAAUUACCAAAUAAGGAGGGACUCCAAAAGGCCAGCAGCAUAGACCACACACUGUUUCCAUGGUUAUUUCUUGUCCCCAUCACCAUUCUCUCCCUUCUCGAGUUGUUAUGAGAGGCAGAACUAUAUGAUGUUAAGCCAGGCAACCACACUUUUUGGUACUGUUUUUGCAUUAAAAGAAAAAUGGUCAGAAUUUUCAAAAUGUAAAACAAAGUUUGGGGCUGUCUUCAUAGGUCAGAUAUCUGAAGUUGCAGAAGAUGUGGCUGUAUUCCCAUUUUAAUAAGAGUGGCUAAACACAUUUUCUCAGAGCUGAACACGUCUGCUGAACACUUUAACAUGACUCAACAAAUUGCAAUCAUGUCUAAACUUACACUAUUCAGUAUAGAGGUCACUAGCCACAUGGAGUUAUUUCAAUUUUAAUUAAAAUGAUCUUCAAUCACACUGGCCACAUCCCAAGAGCCUGUCCAUCAAAUGUGGUGCAGGACUGCAGUCCUUAGGGUUUCUACUGUAGUCCUCAGGGCUGUAUCGAUUUUCACUCCAGAGAAAAAAGCUUCCCGAUCAUAUUUAGGUCCUAGAAAUUAGAGUCUAGAAGAGAGAAACUUGGAUUUAAAGUAGUUCAUAAUGCUAAGUUACAUUAGGUUGACCCACAGGAAACUGUGCCAUGCUUUGAUCUGUAAAAAUGAGCUUCACAUAAUAUGAAUUAAUACAUUGAUAGAUUCAUACCACAUCUAAUUGAACUUCAAAGGCACUUCCAGUGAGCUUGCGAAGUAUUUCCAGUGAAUCCAGGCUCUUGCUUAGAAGGCAUAAAGCCAUAACUCCUAACCUUUGCACUUAGACAUUUUAGUCUCUUUGGGCAGCUUUUAUGACUUAAUAAAGCCUUGGGCAGUGUUGAUGUUGAUGAAGAAAAGUUGUCUUUUUAUACCAAAUGGAACUUAGCAACAGUCUGGACUGCUUUGUUGGGACAUCAGACAGACAACACUGUUGACUUGAGACAUGAACAUGUCUGUUUUUUUUUUUAAUGUUGUUAUUGCUUGGUUUUACUUAAGCAGAAAUGUUCAAAUGAUAUCAUGAAGGCUCUUUGGAAAAGUGGUUGGGUCUGUUUGAAUCGUGCACUUGAACACCAGAGAUGUAAAUGUGCCUGUUUGUAUUUUAAAAAAUUAACUGUAUAGCCUUAUCACACCAAUUUUUAAAGCUAAUCUUUUUGUGUUCGGGGGUUUUUCCCUGUGCCAGGCAGUCUCUAGUGUGGGUGUGGCUUCUUGCUUAGAGAGCUCCUGCUGAGGCAGAGCCUCGCCAGUCACAUGGCUCCUCAGAACAAGAAAACCUUCCCAGAAGUCCUCCCACAUGGGGUGAUAGAUACAGUUUGUGGCAACACAAAUCUCUCUCCAUGAUGGAGAAACCUUUGCUUAUCCACUGUAUUCUACUCAGUGUCUAGUGAUGACAAAUGUAAUAGAAUUAAACCAGUAAAUGUGUUGGCCCUGGUUAAGUGUUAAAUGUGUAUCUUACCUGUGGGACCUGUUCAGCAGGUUGGUUUCUGGGGUCAGAGACAUAUUUAGUUCUUACACCCAAACCUCUCCUUCAUUGGUUUAGUGUACAUAAGUCUAUUUAGAUACACUUAUCCCACUUCAAAAUCCAUGACCCCCUAAGCUCUCUCAUGUACUCUGUUGCUAACGUGGCCUCUUCCCUUCUGGAAAAGCUCACGAGAGAAGUCUGUUCCUGCAGCAAGGGCACAGCCUGACCAGAGUGCAGCCUCAGUGCUCCCAGGAAGAGGCUGCCUCUUCUCCUUUGUAGCACCAUUCCCCUUAGGUCUGAAUGUGAGGGGUCCCAGAGCACCUCCUACUAGUGCUGAUUGUUCUGUGACAUGAUCAUUUGCCAUUAAAAUCUAGUUUGUAUGAUGCUGAGAGGGUUAAUUGUGCAAGUGACCCAUUUCAUUUAAACUGUAACCACAUCUCUUCCGCUUCACCACACUGAGCUGUUUUAUGGAAAGUAUCAUUAAAGGUCUGGUCUCUA